AUGUCUAGCGGUAUCCCCAAGACGAUGAAGGCGGCGGUCCUUACAGGCGCGCAGAAGCCACUCGAGAUCAAAGAGAUCCCAGUCCCAGAACCUCAGACAGGCGAAGUCCUGAUCAAGGUCCACGCAUGUGGUGUCUGUCACAGUGACCAUCACGUUCUGAAUGGAGAUAUGGGACCACCUGGCAUCCAACUCCUCGGCCACGAGUUCAUCGGAACCGUCGUCAAGACCACAAAAGGUGAGAAGAAGUGGAAGGUCGGCGAUCGUGUCGGUGGGCCAUGGCACGGCGGCCACGACCUCUCCUGCCGCGCCUGCAACCGCGGCCUCUUCCAAAUGUGCGAAAACAAAGCCAUCAACGGCGUAACCCGCAACGGCGGCUACGGCGAAUACGCAACCCUCCGCACCGAAUCCGCCGUCCGCAUCCCAGCAAACAUGGAUCCCGCCGAAGUAGCUCCCCUCCUCUGCGCCGGCGUCACUGUCUUCAACGGAAUCCGCCAGCUGAACAUUCUCUCCGGUGAGAUCGUCGCCGUCCAAGGACUGGGAGGUCUGGGACAUCUUGCGAUUCAGUAUGCGAGGAAGAUGGGGUAUAGGACUGUGGCGCUUUCGAGAGGAAGUGCGAAGAAGGAUUUCGCGAUGAAGUUGGGCGCGACGGAUUAUAUCGAUACCGAAGCUGGCGAUGUCGCAGCUGAAUUGCAGAAACUCGGCGGCGCAGCAUGUAUCGUCGUCACGGCUCCCAACCCGGACGUCAUCACGCCUCUGAUCGGGGGUCUGGAUAACAAGGGCAAACUGCUCCUCUUCACAGCUAUUGGACCGGUCCCGGUCAAUACGGUGGAUAUGGUCUUGAAGGGGUUGUCAGUUCAUGGAUGGCCGAGUGGACAUGCGCUGGAUAGCGAGGAGGCGAUUGCGUUUGCGGAGAAGCAGGGGGUUAAGUGUAUGAUUGAGAAGUUCCCGCUGGCGAAGGCGAAUGAGGCGAUGGAGCAUAUGAUGAGUGGGAAGGUGAGGUUUAGGGCUGUGUUGACGAUGGAUUAG